AUGGCACCACUCAUAGAUUUAUUGUCAUGCAGUAUUAUUGAAAAAGAUCAUAAUGGAGAUAUACUUUGGACAUGGUCAUAUCCUACAGUUUCAGAAUCACAAAAGACUAUUGUCAAAAGAAAAUGUAAUUUAGGACUUGAACAUAACUCUCCACAAACAUUUAUUUGGGCUCGACAUGGUCAAACAUGGUUCUAUUUACAUUGUAGUGAAGUAUUCGAUUCGGACAGAUUACCCAAGGUUAAACAAUUUGCAUUAGUUUUAUUCGCAAAAGAUUUCAAUCCACAAAAAUAUGAAGUACUCUCACGCGUUUUCAGUAAAAUGUAUUGCAAAACCGGUAAGCCUACUGAGAUUUUACAAUUAUAUCUUUCGGUUUUUACUAAGGGAUCAUGUUCGACACAAGAGAAUGGAACUUUUGUAUCCGAUGACUUUAGCAGUCGUACGACAAUUAAUACCAAUUUUAGAACAAUUGCUUAA